GCGGCCCAGCGGCACCGCAGGAGGAUGUCCCAGGAACCUAGGACAUAUUUUCUUUUCCUGUUCCUUUUUCUGAGCCAUGGCGUGGCAAGUCAUAGAGUUCCAGAUUCCAGGCAGGAUUUGCAUCCACUGUUGCAAAAAAUGGCGGAAGAAAUAAUAGAUGGAAGCUAUCUGAAUGCAUUACUGGAUCUCAUACAGUUUCAAAGCUCCCAUGGGUGGACGGCAGACCUGUCUCACAGAAUCCUGGCCUAUCUGAAUUCACGGAAUGUCGCCUUCACCAUCCCCAGCCUGCAGGCAGCCGUGGAACACCACCUGGAGCAGCGUCUGUACCAGCCCCAGAAGCUGCUGGAGGACCUGAGGGAAACAGAUGCUCAGCAAUUCUGCACCGCCAUGAAAUGCCUCUUAGAAGACAAGAAGGACCUCUUGGAGCUGGAAGACAUUGUUAUUGACUUGGGAGAGAUCCGGAAACAAGCCUUGCAGAGCCCUGGUGUGAACCGCAGCCUGUUUCUCAUCACCCUGGAGAGGUGUUUCCAGGUGCUGAACUCGCUGGAGUGUGUGGAGAUCCUGGGCAGGGUGCUGAGGGGCUCCUCAGGCAGCCUUCUGCAGCCGGACAUCGCAGAGAAGCUCCCCCGGGACCUGCGUGAGGACGCUUUCAAGAACCUAUCUGCGGUGUUCAAAGAUCUCUACGACCAAACCUCGGCUCAUUCCCAGAGAGCUCUCUACUCCUGGAUGACUGGGAUUUUGCAGACGUCCUCCAAGGCUACUGAUGACUCUGUUUCAUGGGUCAGUGCAGAAAACUUAUGGAUUUUGGGAAGAUACAUGGUUCACCUAUCAUUUGAAGAAAUUGUGAAAAUUAGUCCUUUAGAAAUUGGACUGUUUAUCAGCUAUGACAAUGCCACCAAGCUGCUGGACACGGUUUAUGACAUCACACCCGAACUGGCCCAGGCGUUCCUGGAGAGGAUCAGCUCCUCCAGCUUUGACAUGAGGAAUACCUCCACCAUCCACAGGCUGGGGCUGCUGGUCUGUUUCUACGAUGACCUGGAUUUGCUGGAUGCCGCAGUGGCCCAAGUCCUCCUCCACCAGAUGAUCAAGUGCAGCCACCUGAGGGGCUUUCAGGCUGGGGUUCAGCAGCUCAAAGCCGACCUCCUGGACAUCGCCAUGGAAAACCAGACCCUCAAUGAGACUCUGGGCUCUUUGUCGGAUGCGGUUGUGGGCUUGACCCACAGUCAGCUGGAAUCCCUCUCCCCCGAGGCUGUGCAUGGUGCCAUGUCUACCCUCAACCAGGUCUCAGGCUGGACCAAGAGCCAGGUCAUCAUCUUGUCUGCCAAAUACUUGGCCCAUGAGAAGGUGCCGUCUUUCUACAAUGUCAGCCAGAUGGGCGUGCUGCUGGCCGGGAUUGGCACCCAGGCCUUCUAUGGCAUGGAUUGCAGGGACCUCCUGCAGGUCCUGAGAAGCACGGUCUCUUUGCAUGUGUCCGACUUGUCACCUGCCCAGAAGCAAGGUGUCCUCAGCAAGAUGAUUGAAGCAGGAGAUACUACCUCAGGCAUUGUGGAAAUACAAGGGGCUUUCUUUAAGGAGGUGUCUCUUUUCGAUUUACGGAGGGAACCUGGAUUUAACACUACAGUCCUAAAGGAAAAGGAGCUUCGAAGGAGUCAGGCCUUGUUCCUGUAUGAGCUUCUGUCAAAGUCGACCAGAAGGCCCGAGGAGCUCCUGAGCCCUUCUUCUCCUGGGUCCCUUGUUCUGUUUUCCAGCACAGGGCAGCUGGUCAAAGGCGUGACAUGCUCCCACAUUGAUGCCAUGAGUGCGGACUCCUUUCUGACCCAUUUCCACUAUUUUGAGAACAACCUCUCCCUGCUCUCACCCUAUCAGGUUAAUUGUUUGGCGUGGAAAUACUGGGAGGUCUCCAGAUCCUCUAUGCCACCUUUCCUCUUGACUGCACUCCCGGCUCGCUACCUGGCUUCUGUCCCAGCUUCCCAGUGUGUACCGUUUCUGAUCAGCCUGGGGAAGAGUCAGUUGGACUCCUUGGUUUUAGAUUCCCACAAAAAGAAUUCAGUCCUUAGGAAGGUACAGCAGUGCCUGGACAACUUCAUUGCUGAUGAGUACGCGGUAGACAUCGUGGGCAAACUGCUCUGCCACUUGCCGGCAGCCGUCCUCCACCGUGGGGUCUCCACUCCGGCCUGGGCCACAGCCCUGCACGGGCUCAGAGACUGCCCAGACCUUAGCCCCGAGCAGAAGGCUGCGGUGAGGCUCAGGCUCCUGGAACAGCACGGACUUCCCCAGAACUGGACGGCCGAGACGACAAAGGACUUGGGACCCUUUCUAGUACUUUUUUCAGCAGAUGAAUUAAGCUCUGUUGCCACAAAGUUUCCAGAUAUCCUUCAGCAGACAGCUUCCAAGAUAGCCGGGACCAUGCCCCCUCAAGAAUUCCUCUGGGUUGUCUUUGACUCUGUUCGGAACAACAGUGAGAAGAGCCCCAGCUCUGCCCCCAGCCCCGGUUGCCAUGGAGUCAUAGCUCCUUCUUCUGGUGACAUCUUCAAGUUGGCGGAAGCCAAUGCCUGCUGGGCCCCCCAGGACCUGCUCUGCAUGGAGGAACAGACGUUCAUCAGGAGCGUGGAGCUUCUGGGGGCCGUCAGGGGUUUCAGCCUGCCUCAGCUGAUGACCCUAAAGGAGAAGGCAUUACAGGUUUGGGACAUGCCUUCUUACUGGAAAGAAUACCAUAUCACCUCCCUGGGGCGCAUUGCUCUGGCUCUUAAUGAGUGUGAGCUGCAGCAGCUGGAUCUCAGCUCCAUUGAUACCGUGGCUUCCCUAAGCCGGCAGACCGAAUGGACCCUGGGACAGGCUAAAUCUAUUCUGCAAGGGUUCCUGGAGGAUUCAGGCUACAGUAUCCAGGAUCUGAAGAGCUUCCACUUAGUAGGACUUGGUACAGCCCUGUGUACUAUGAACGUCACCGAAAUCUCACUCAUAAAGAUCUCAGAAUUCAGGGUGGUGGUGGCCAGAAUCGGGACCCUGCUCUGUAGCACCCAUGUCUUGGCCGAGUUUAAGAGGAAGGCAGAAGUUGUAUUUGGGGAUCCCACCAAAUGGUCCAGCUCUGUCCUGCAGGAACUUGGGACUAUUGCAGCUGGAUUAACGAAGGAAGAGCUACAAAUGCUGGACAAGGAUUUGAUGCCGUAUUUCCAGCCAUCAGCAAUCAAAUGCCUUCCUGAUGAGAUAUUCAAAGAGCUGUCCAUGGAGCAGAUCGCCUCGUUGGGCCCCGAGAACGCCGCGGCGGUGACCCCAGCCCAGCGCCGGCAGCUCAGCAUGUUGCAGCUGCAGAGCCUCCAGCGGGCGCUAGAUGGCGCCAACACUCGCUCCUGGCUGGACACGCCCCCAAGCGCCAGUCCCACCUGGACCCCCUCCUCUGGUUCUCCUCCUGGAGGCCCUGUCACCUGGGGUCCUUGGCUUGGCUGUCCUCUGCUGGUUCUCCUGCACAAGACCGUGUGGUGAGCGGCGCGUGCACAUGGCCCUUCAGUGCCCAAGCAGUGGGCCCCGGCGUGUGGAAACAGAGGCACUGCAGACUGUGAGACCCCCUACCCCCGCCCACAGCCUCCACUGGGGCAGGGAGUCCCCAGGACCUGGAAAUUUAAAAGGCACUGAAAGGAAGAAUAAUUAUUAAAAAUGAUCCUAAAAAGUUCUUAAGCUGGCCUGUAUCCUCAGCAGAGAGCCAUUCUCUGCCCUGUUUCAGCCUCUCUUGCUUUCUAGCUUGGGGACAGAGAAACUGUGGGGAGGGAAGGGUGUUUUCUGUCAACAGCAUGAGGACAAUAUGUACAAGUCACUGCCCUCCCUCCAGAGAGAGAUGUCAGGGGGUGGCAGGUGUUGGCAAAGGCACCAUUUUAGCCGGGGUCUGAUCUGGCUGCUUCUCUGGCUUAACGUCCCUCCCUUGGAGCUAUAGGCUGCAUUGGAUUUCUCCUUCUUAGAUAUUUAGUAGAGCUGAAAUAAAUGAAUCCCUCAACAGAAGCCAAUAUUCCUGCCUGAUUGCUGGGUCUAAUUGAUGUUCGGUGGGUCUUGCAUUGCUUGGAAAUUAAAACAUUUAACACGGCUCAACGUUAAAUCAAUUUUUAAAUACAUUUUCCAGAUGCCUUCCAUUUCUUGGGAGUCAGCUGAAUGAAUGGUCGUGGAGUUAUCAGUUAAGCUUUCAAAAAAUUCCUUUUUUGACGAAAUUGGUGGCUCUUCUGGGUUUAAGUUGUUCUGGGCUUUGGGGAUGUGUUGAA